AGUUCCAUUGUAUACUUCAACCUGCACAUAACUUGUAACUGAACAGUAAUAUGAUGAACAUAAUACAAUAUUUAUUUGUGUUAAUUUUAAUACUUCAAGCAGUAUUUGGAUUAACAACAGAUGCACAACAUUGCUUCGAUGUUCUAGAUAAAUUGCCUAAAAAAGAAAUUGAACAUAUUUAUUAUAUGAAUUUCAAAGAUAUCGCUCAUACCCAACCGGCCACUGACAUCUUGAGUUGUUAUUUACGAAAAUCACAUCAUGGAGAUAAAACACCAACUGAACAAUAUUUUGAUGUCUACAUAAAAUGUGAUAAAUUUACAGGAAGCAACAUUGAACACUUUGAUUAUCAUGAAUUAGAAGAACUGGUGUCAUUAGGUCUUCCCUAUGACUUGGAAAAAUAUUUACUUAAAAUAUUGAAAACGGGUAAUAAAAUGGAGCUGGAACAAGGAAUACUUUAUGUACAGGAUGUAAUGAGUAAAGACAUAGAACUCAGCCGUUACUAUAAAGAAUAUAAAUAUUAUAUUUUGAAGAAAUAUAAACCAAAGAUUGACCCAAUUCAUGCGAAAUCAAAGACGAAUUUUGUAGAUCUAGAAGAAGCUGUGUAUUUUAUUUUUAAAACUAUAUGGGGAUAAAGCAGAUGCUAAAAGGAAAUGUUAAGAAACAUCAUAUAUUUGCAAGUGAUUCUAAUGAUUAUUGAAUUAUGAGAUAAUGGAUAGUGUUUUGGACCCGGAUUAUAUUAAAUACUUUUAUACUGUACGUUUAAUAAAAACUAAACUGAGCAGA